UGUCAUUCUGUUCGACUUGCUGUUGUGCUGAAUUGCCUUUUUCUACAAAUAUUUAAAUAUUUUUACAACAGCAAAGAAUUGCGAGCAGAUGACUUUUGGAAGAAAUUCCACGUAUAAUUGGAAUACUUGUUUUGAUAGCAAUGGAGAUUAUAUAUUUAGUAAUAUGACAGAAAAUAGAAAAAGAACUCGUGAGGAUGACACGUGCGAGUUCAUGCCACUAUCGAAAAGGAUAAAUAACUUACACAUAAAUAACAACCUCGCUAGCCAAUCUAUCCUUCAGGCUGCAGAUCCUAGUCAUAUUAAUGGGAUAAGAACUGAGGAGAAUGGAAUAUCUUCUCAAACUCAUAACCAUAAUUCUGACAGUACACCUACUUAUGACCCUGGUGUCACAUCAUCACAAAGCAGAUAUUAUUAUGAAAAUAAAUUAUUGUUUGAACUGCAUUUAGAAAGAAUUCAACGAUCAGGGCAACAGUUUCCCUUUUGAAAUACUUGUAAUAAUGUGUGAAUUAAGUUGUGUACCUGUAUUAUUAA